AUGGAUAUCUCAGCGGAGUAUUCUCCCUUCCAGGAGAAACUGACCGCGGCGCUUGUGCAAGCUACCAAAACAACAUCACAGUUACUAGCAGAUGACAUUACUUUCCAGCGGUCCAUCAAUCGCGACCUUUCCGACUCCCUUGACGAGCAGAGCUCUCGCUUUCUCACCCUCACCAAUACGAUUCUGCGGUUUGCAACCUCAAGCUCCGAUCUUAAUGCUCCCACAUUGGAGGAUGAGGAAAAUGUGGACGAAAACUGGCGAUCAGUAGUUGAUGUGAUUGACGAGCUUUUGGAAAAAGCCGAUGCCUGCCUUGAUGAGUUUACUGGAGUGAUCAAGAAACUGAGCCCGUCGCAAGAGGAACGUGCCCAACAGCUCUCUAGCCGUUCGACUCGCGGCCAGUUUCCAAGUGUUUACGACUUUACUUCGUCUAAGUUCCCAAAACCUCAGUUGCUGUUCAAACAUCGCCCUGAUAAUCAUGAUACUUCUCCCUUCCGGCCGAUCUUACGAUACAAGCCCCAUGCACUGGUUCCGCUACCGCCAGCGGUUGACUCUCCUGAACGGUACCAGCAUCCAUACGCCAAGGAAAUCAAAGACUGCCAGUACCCUCCGUUCGUAUAUUCCAAAUCCGAACCUGAGAUGUACCUACCAUUCGAGUCCACUACUGCAACAUUUGUCAACACACUCGAGGGCGUCAAAGCUAUGCUUGCUGAGCUGAAGGGUGUGAAGGAAAUUGCUAUUGAUCUUGAACAUCAUGACAGGCACUCGUAUCACGGUAUUGUUUGUCUGAUGCAGAUCAGCACUCGCGAAAAGGAUUGGAUCGUCGAUACAUUGCUACCUUGGAGAGAAGAGCUGAAUAUUCUAAAUGAGGUAUUUGCGGAUCCCCAGAUAGUGAAAGUGCUGCACGGUUCGACGAUGGAUGUGAUAUGGCUCCAGAGGGACUUGGGGUUGUACUUGGUUGGCCUCUUUGACACGUACCACGCUUCCGCUGCUUUACAUUUCCCGAAGAAGAGCUUGAAGUUUUUAUUAGAAAAGUAUGUAAACUUUCAAGCAGAGAAAAAAUACCAGAUGGCAGACUGGCGACUUCGGCCCCUACUCCCUGGGAUGUUUGACUAUGCACGGUCCGAUACCCACUAUCUCCUCUACAUCUACGAUCGGUUACGCCAUGAUUUACUUGAAAACUCGACCCCGGAAGAUGACCUAAUCGAUUAUGUCUUGGAAAGAUCGAAAUCCGAAGCGCUACAGCGAUACGAAAAGCCCGUCUACGAUUCAGAGACUGGGCAAGGAGCUGGGGGCUGGUACGACGCUCUUCAACGAAACUCCGGCCUAUUUAAUCGCGAGCAACUUGCAGUGUUCAAAGCCGUGCACCAGUGGCGCGAUCGGACCGCACGAACGGAGGAUGAGGGGGUUCAAUUCGUUCUUUCCAAACGGGCUCUCUUCGCCGUUGCACAUGCGAUGCCUUUGGACCAAACACAACUUCUGAUCUUCGCUAACCCCGCUUCGCCGCCUCUCAAGAAAAGAUUAUCGGAGCUGUUGAAUGUCAUUAAACAGGCGAAAAUAACCGGUGCAGACGGUCCGGAACUGCAUGAGGUGCUUGGAGCAAAAACUGGGACAGAAGCGGGAUAUGUUCGUAAAACGGACGCCGCAACGCCAACAUCGAAGAUAUCCGAAGACCAAGCGAAGCCAAUCCGAGUAUUCGUUUCUCAAUUCUGGGGCUCGACACUUCCCAAAGCCGCGAGUGUGGAUGCGUCGAGCUACGCGAUGCUAGCAGCCUCCGACGGUCUCGAGCUUUCCUUGCCGCUACCUUCCGUGCCAAUCCACGUCUCCGAAGCCCCACGACCCGCAGCACCCCAAGAUGCGACGCCGCCCGCCAGCACAGUCAUGCCGGUUCACCCAAAGCCCGCCGAGGACGACGGCGCGAUCUUUACGGUCAAGCAGUUCGGCGCGCCGCCCAAGCGCAAGGCUACGGUGCCCAGCGACGAGGCCCCGUUGUCGCCGAGAGUCUCGUCGUCGGGCGUGGGUUCUCCACGCCCCGACGCCCAGGCCGCAGCGUCGAAAAAGAAACAAAAACCCAAUCGGGAGACUGCGCAGAAUGCGGUGCCGUUCGACUAUGCCAGCGCCGAGUCGGUCCUGCAGGCCCGCGAUGCGCCGCCCGCGGCGACGAGACGGGCUCCCUUCAAUCCGUACGCCAAGUCGCUGAAUGGUCCGCAGGCUCCGAGGAAGUCGAAAAAGGAUAUGGGGGGCGGGAAGUCGUUUACAUUUCGGCAGUAG